UCUCAUGCCAAAUAUUAAUGAAGUACAGUAUAAGAGAAAGUACUCGUUUAUUAUCAACCAUUACCAAAUAUGGCAUUCAAUUUUAACAUGCAAUAUAAUAAUUACGACGAAGAACAAGAAGAAGGUCCUAAGAGCUCCUUUUCAACGUAUUUAGCAGAAGGAGACGUGCUUUACAAGCAAGGAGAGUACAAGAAGGCAUUGGAUAGUUAUUCGUUGGCCUUAGAAUUAAAACCUACAGACAAGUUUUGCCUUGUAGCCAGGUCCAAGUGUUACCUUCAACUUGGAGACAAUGCUGCUGCUUUGAGAGAUGCUGAGGCAGCUUUGGAAGAUGACAAGGACUUUAAUAAGGGGUUGUAUCAAAAAGCAGAAGCCUUAUAUGCCAUGGGGGACUUUGAAUAUGCUUUGGUGUACUAUCACAGAGGGAAUAAACUCAGACCAGAGUUACAAGAGUUCAGACUUGGAAUCCAAAAGGCUCAAGAAGCUAUUGAUAACUCUAUUGGAGAUGCAGCCAAUGUCAAACUAGAAAACAAAGGGGAUUUAUCAUUUUUUGCCAAGCAAGAUGAAAUGAAAAAGCCAAAAGGCUAUAACAAGCCAAAGACACAAGCCACAAGAACACAACAGCAACAAAUUAACAGAGGCAAGAGCAACAAGAGCCCUGCAGCAUCUGAUAAAACUGUCAAACAGCUUUUGGGUGAAAUGUAUGCAGACAAGGAAUACUUGGAAAAGCUCCUGAGUGACGAUGAUUUAGUAAACAAUAAAAAUAACAAUAACCAAAUACAUGGGCUUGUGACCAGUGGUCUUAGCUACCUGGAAUCAAGGACAGAAUUCUGGCGGCAGCAGAAACCUUUGUAUGCUCGUAAAAAAGAAAAACCAAAGCCCAAAAAAGUACAACAAAAGAGUAAACCUGCAGACACCACAAAGUUUAUUUUACGAUCCUUGGAAGAAAUUGAUCUUGCGCUGGCUGAAGGAGAUGCUGAGGGAAGCUUGAAACAGGCUCAGUCUACGUUAAGAACGGUUCAGUCACUUGGUGAAGAUAGUGUGCCCAAUAAGGAAGAUGUUAUUGGCAACUUACAUUCUUGUAUUGGGAAUGCCUAUCUAGAGAUGGAUGAAACUAAAAAAGCUCUGGACCAUCACCUAAAGGAUCUUAAAAUUGCUGACAAACUGGACAAUAAGGUUGGAAAAUCAAGAGCACUGGAUAAUCUGGGCAGAGUUCAUGCCAAGGCAGGCGAGUAUGAUCGGGCUAUCGACAAAUGGAUGGAGAAAAUGCCUCUCAUCAAAACACCACUUGAAAGUACCUGGCUCUUCCAUGAGAUUGGUCGCUGUCAUCUGGAGCUAAAAAAUUUCCAAGAUGCGAAAGAAUAUGGUCAGAAGUCACUUGCAGCAGCACAGGAAGCUGACGACCAAGUAUGGCAGCUCAAUGCUACAGUUCUUAUUGCACAAGCAGAAGUUAAACUGGAUGAGCUUCAAGAUGCACUAGGGUCAUUCCAGCAAGCCCACGACCUCGCUAAAAUAUUGGAGGACGAGGCUGCUGAGAAUGCUAUUUCUAAAGCUAUCAGGGAUGUCAACGACAGAAUUGCUCAAGGGGUCAAACCAUCUGAAGGCCAAGAUCAAGCAGACAAAGAUGAUGAAGAAAAAACUGAAGAAAAAGAUGACAAAACAGAUAAAGACAAAGAAGAAGAGCCAAAGGAAAAUGUUGCAGAAUCUACUGAAGGGCAACAAGAAAAGGAGAAGGAACUAGAACAAAAGGAAGAUGACGCAAACCAAGAAACAGCUGCUGAUUCAUGAAACUAGUCAAUAGAAACUGUAUUUUAUUAGAAUAUGAUCUCAAGCAUUACUAGUCAAUAGUGCCUUGUGCACUACUCAGGCCUUUUAAUUCAACGUCUUUUGUGAACAAUUUGUCCAUGUAAUAUAAGAGAUUAUGUAUUUGACUUUAACCUUACUUGAAAUUAUUGUCAUACUGACAUACAUUUAUAUGCUAUAAUAAAUAAAACUGUAUUA